CAAUCGAUACGGCAAACGUUCGAAAAGCGGCAGUGUUUAUAUUCUCAAAAGAAGUUGUAUUUUAUGCAUCAAUUAACUUAACGUUUAUUGAAGCAGUUAAAUUAGUACUUAGUCUCAUUAAACAUUGAUUAACUCACAAAUCUGCAACAUGAAAUUAGUAAGGUUUUUGAUGAAACUUAGCCAUGAAACGGUGACAAUCGAGUUGAAAAAUGGAACUCAGGUUCAUGGCACCAUAACUGGAGUCGAUGUUGCGAUGAACACCCACUUGAAGGCUGUUAAAAUGACCAUCAAGAAUCGAGAUCCCGUUCAGCUAGAUUCGCUCAGUAUUCGGGGUAACAAUAUACGGUAUUACAUCCUGCCUGACAGUUUGCCACUAGAGACACUGCUGAUUGACGAUGCUCCUAAAACUAGGGCAAAGAAGCGCGAAGCGAAUCGCGGUGGUCAACGGGGACGAGGCAGAGGCACUAGAGGUGGUCGUGGUGGUCCAAGAGGAGGACGUGGUGGACCUCGAGGUCGAGGCAGACGUUGAACGAGUUGUAAAAUUGCUGACAGUCACAGCUUACACUUUACUCUUUCAACACUAAUACUGGGAACGUCCCAAAACAACAAACCGCAUUCACUUUAUAUACAAUAUUAAAGGUACAUCCACGAAAUAAAUCGUUCGUCAGAAUUUAAGGUAAGAAAUAUGUCUAAAAA